AGGCACCCACUCCUUCACCCACUCCGAGGGUCCGUUCGCUCAGCCUCAACACUUACUACUUACACUAAAUAGCCUCCGUGCCUUUACGGAGUAGGUAUCCAAGAUGCCUAUUUAACUUAGUAGGUAUGUAUCUACCUUAGGUACCUAGGUACUUUAGGUACGCACGACCACCAACCAUCCCCAGUCAAGUUCACCUUCACGGUCACGGUCACGAUCACGGUCAAAGCACCUGGCCACCCUGCACCUCCCUCCCCCAUCCUCCUCUCCUCCUUACGACUACACCUACACUUCGCUCCAAUUCCUUCCUCACUUCCUUCACCUUUGUCUUUCCACUCUCUCUUCACCCAACGUCAGCGGCUUCCUUGAGCUACUGUCAAUUUACCGCCUCCGCCUUCGCCUCAACAUCAACUACUCUUUAUUUCUUCGUCUUCAGUCUUGUCAUCCUACUACUUUGCCUCUCUAUUGUCUUAAUUUCAAAGUCCAACUUUCUCCCUCUCAUUGUGUUUGUUCAUUUCCAUCCCAACUAGUUGCUCCAAACCCAACCACCAUCACCAACGCCCGCACUUGCCACCUCACCAGACCACUUGCCCGACCAGCAAUUGAUCCACCACCUCCAACUUCAACCAACCAGUCCACAACCAUGUCCGGCACGACCUGCUGUUGACCGCUUUGUAUAUGAGCCUUUAAUUCUACCUUUUCGCCCCGUUUCUGACUUGUCCACCUCUUAUACCGACCUUCUACGACAUGUCCUCACCGAUACCGCCUGAUCCCUACGCCGCUCUGGGUGUUGCUCAGGAUGCCGACAUAUCUGCCAUCCGUUCCGCCCAUCGCAAGCUCGUUCUCAAGCACCAUCCGGACCGGAUCAAGGAUGAAGCUUUACGAGAGAAGGGCAAGGACGAGUUUCAGAAGGUACAACAGGCAUAUGAAUUGCUCAGCGAUCCCGCCAGAAGAUCACGCUACGACAACCGUGUCCGUUUGGCAGAACUCCAGAAAGAUGCCAUGAACAGAGAUGGUCCCCCCAGACCCGCAACUGCUACCCAUCAUCCGUGGCCGACCCCGUCAUCCACCUAUCCAUCUCAACCCUCUCCUCAUCCCCAUCGCGAGUACCGCGAGGACGGCAAUUUCUUCGAAGAGAUCAGACAACCAAAGACAGCACCUUUGUACGAGGACCGCUAUGCCUAUCACGAUCCCCUCCCUCGAACCACCUCUCGAAAACAUCCCGAGUACGAAAAGCGCGCCUCGGCACCCAAAUCCACAGAAAAGAAAUCGAAAAUGGCAAAUCCGUUUGUCACUGCUGGACUCGCUGCCUCUUUUGCCACCAAAUUGAGAUCACAGGCGGCAGAAAAGUCCAAAACGAGCAGGGCUGAUGAGAAGAGAUCGGACCGAGAAAAGAGGCGAGAGAGGUCGGAAAAAGUCUCCUCGAGGAAGCAUGCCUAUGUGGACGACGACUAUCAUUCCAGCGAUGAUUCCGACACUACCAAGAUUUGGCCUUCGACCAAACUUCCCUCACGCCCCAAACAUUCGGCAGAAAUGCCAACUCGCAGAACUUCAUCAAGAGCCGAACCAGCUGAAAUCGUCGAGGAGGAGAGCACCGAUGGGAAAUGGGAAAGUCUAUACAAUGAGGGCAAGGCCUACAUCAGUAAAGCCUCCAACAGGCCCGUUUUAGACCGAUCCGGCUCUGCAGCGUACCACUACUGGGAGUCUGGAGACAGCAAAGGCCGUAGAAGUGGAAGUGAUAACGAAAAGAGACCCACUUCGUCAAAGGGCCGUCGUGUGCCAGCCGAGGACUAUUUCAACACACCGUCUUUUGCCAAAUCCUCGUCUUCUCCAAGCAACCUCCGUGCUCACAUUGAAGAGAGGUCACCAAGGUCUAAUGUGGGGAGUCCUCGUGACCGAGACCGUGACCGAGACCGUGACCGAGACCGUGACCGUGACCGUGACCGUGAGAGAGAGCGAGAUCGAGAUCGAGACCGGGAACGAGAUCGGGAACGAGAUCGUGAUAGGGACAGGGACCAUGACCGCGAGAGGGACCGAGAACGGGAGCAUCGAAAAGGCAUUCCAAGCAUGACGCGUUCCCAUACGAUGCCAUCUCCAAAGUCAAGCUCUAAAAAAGACAGUGCUCCUCUGAAGGGCUCUAAUCUCCGGAGUGAAACGCAAAUGCACGACUCGGGCUACGGCAGCAGCUCCAGCCCUCACACUCCCGAAAUGCGUGAGCACAGCCCACCUCGAGCGUCCAAGGCCCGACACCCGUCCAUGACGUCGACCAAGUACCAAAUUGUUGACCCGGAAAAGGAAGCUGAGGAAGAUGCUCCACGUGCGCCUCGUGUGGGCAAACGGCUCGACGAUGACGACCGCUACCAUCAACGGUUCCACAGUCCAGAACCUUUGGCGAGAGAGCCCGACCGACGCAGUCGAGACCGUCCUGAGCGGCCGAGGGUGGAAACAAUGCGGUCGAAAUCGUCCCGCGGGGGAUCGAUGAUGCCAGAUGUCACGGGACAACCCCCCUCACCCAUCAGGCGAAGUGAGUCAGGACGAUUUGAGGAUCGAGCAUCACCGCGAUCACCCCACGAUACUCCGCCAAUCUCACGCCACAACAGCGGGCGAGACAAGCUCUUCAUGGAGAUGUCUCCCGACGAUCGAGAGCGGGACUCGCGGUAUAGUCGACCUGCUCCGGACAAGAUUCACAUGGCACCACGACGAGAUGCGACGACGGCCAAAUAUGCCACGUACCGCGAAUCGCCCGAGCAACGAGAUCCCGAGUACGCAUCACGUUUUCGCGAACCUCUCCGGGCAAGACGCCCCUCUAUCUUCUAGGCCAGAGUCAGGCGAACACUCAUUUACUUUUGUUAAUUUGUAAUCCAGCACUCCUUUAGCAAGCUUGCAUAUUGUCACUCCUUUUCUGCAUCCAUUUUGAAGUAUAUGCCUGUAUGACGGAGGCGUCCAAUUCCUGAUAUGGUUAUGGUCACGUGGUGCGAGAGGCGCGGCGGGGAUCGGGGGUUCUGUUCUGAAAGCAUGGGGGAUUUGGGGAUCUUGGCAGAAGGACUUGUGGUCUGUGGAAUAGCAAUGGAUCUGAUGGCGGUGAACAUGGACAAACUCAGGCCGACAGGACAGACUAGAUGCGACAUAUGUGGAUGAAGCAUAUGGCACACGGCAGAUGGCGGCGGUGGCGGCAGGGUGGCAGUCAGAAAUUGAAUGGCAAUGGAUAUGUAUGUCUUUUUUUUUGCGGAGUUGGCAAGAUGCAAGGAUGGAAUGCCGCCGGGAGCACCAUUACUACUAUAUUCGCCGUGUUCCCAAGAGGAAUUGACGCCAUGAUGAGGUAUGAGUUGAAAUGAAUAACGGUUCCAAAACAUCUGAUGAAUGAGAGUGUGAUAUGUUGCGUGCUGAGAGAGAUGACAGAUGAGAGAUGAGACAAGAUGGUUGGGAGCAGGCUGCUAUUUUACAUUUUACAAGGCGCGCGUUCUUUGCAGCAAAACCUCAGCAUAUAUGGUAAGGAAGGUGCGACUGCCAUCAUGGCAUCUACCUACUUCGUACCUACCACGUCUACCGAAUGACAAAUAACUUUCAAGUAUACUGAGGUAAGCACGGUGUAAACGACUUUGUAAAGAAGGUGCCAGGCACAGAGGCAAGG